GCCUUCGUGCAUUGGUAUGUAGGCGAAGGCAUGGAAGAGGGUGAGUUUUCGGAGGCUCGUGAAGAUCUGGCGGCUUUGGAGAAAGACUAUGAAGAAGUUGGAAUAGAUACCGUGGAUCAGAAUGCCGAUAACUCUGAUGAUUUUUAA